CAAUUACCCAGCACAAUGCCAGGCAUAAUUCCUACCAAAAGUUGCUAGCACCCCAAAUCCACAACCGCAUUACUAUGCAUCCAGAUCCACCGCCCCGGUCAGGGACUGCAUUUACCCCAGACCAGACCAGACCCACCGUUGCAUCCCAACUUGACUCACCGAUAUAAAAAGCACCCUUCUCACCGGCACACAACCAUCACCCUCCAAGCAACCACAACCAAAAGUAAUUACUACUAUGAUCAACGUCAUCAUCGUCGGCGCCGGCCUCAUCGGCCCCCGCCACGCACAAUCUGUUAUCACCAACCCCUCUACCAACCUUCUUGCCCUGGUCGACCCCUCCCCAAGUGCCUCAUCCGUGGCUAAAACCCUCAACACGCUCUACUUCCCCUCAUUAUCAGCCCUCCUGUCUGCUACACCAGACAUCCCGCACCCAGACGCCGCCAUAAUCUGCACCCCCAACCACACGCACGUCCCCGUGGCUCUCGAACUCAUCAGCCACAACAUCCACAUCUUACUCGAGAAACCCAUCAGCGACACCAUCACCACUGCGCUUCCCUUGCUCCAAGCGCAGCAAAAGUAUCCAGAUGUGAAGAUCCUCAUCGGCCACCAUCGGAGAUUCAACCCAUACAUCACCAAAACCAAGGAAAUCCUCGAGUCCGGGUCAUUGGGUCCAAUUAUUGCUCUAUCCGGACUAUGGACUCUAUACAAGCCAGCAUCAUAUUUCACCGGUGCUACCGAGUGGAGAAGGGAUAAGACUAAAGGUGGUGUAUUGAGUAUCAACCUCAUUCACGACGUGGACUUACUCCACUACCUAUUCGGUCCUAUUACGCGCAUUUACGCAGAGAAAACCCUCCCUCAGCGCGGGGGUCCAGAUGGGAAUGAGAAUCACACCGCGGAAGAAGGCGCGGCGAUUACAUUCCGGUUUGCUAGCGGGGUGGUGGGCACGUUCGUGGUGAGUGAUUGUGCGCCGUCGCCGUGGAAUUUCGAGGCCGGGACGGGUGAGAAUCCGAUUAUUCCGAAGGUGGGUGGUGUAGGAGGAGGGUUUUAUAGGGUUUUGGGAAGUCGGGGGUCGUUGAGCGUGCCGGAUUUGAAGAGGUGGAGUUAUGAUGGGGUUGAGGGGGAGAAGGGGUGGAAUCAGAGAUUGCAAGUGGAAGAGUUUGAGGUCGAUGAGGGAGUGCCGUUUGAUUUGCAAUUGGAGCAUUUUGUGCGUGUAUUAGAGGGGGGAGAGACGCCGAGGUGUGAUGCUGUGGAGGGAUUGAGGGCGUUGGUGGUGGUUGAUGCUGUGAAGAGGGCGAUGGAGACGGAGGAGGUGGUGAAGGUGGAGAGUGUUGAGGAGAUUUUGGCGAGGAAUGAAUGAAUAGUUGAUGGGAUAAAGUGAGGCGGGUAUUUGAGAUUUUGCUAGUAUGAUAUCAAAUGAAAAU